ACUAUUUAGCGGGAGACAGCAAAAAUCAACACUGUGGAGGUCGACUUGUUUGUUUUUUUCUCUUUAAUUUGUUUAAAGUACUGUUAAAUCAGACGAGAUUUACAAUACAGUCUAAAAACGGAGAACAAGAGAUAACGAGUCAUGUUUUCAGACGUGAUCGUGCCGAAAAAGACUUUGUUAAGUCCUCCGGGUUCAGAUGAGCCCGUGUUUGACCGUCACGAGCCCUCAUACAGAGGCUGCUCGGAGAGAUUCCGCCUCGGUGAGCGCAGCUUCAGCCGCCAGUACGCGCAUAUCUACGCCACCAGACUCAUGCAGAUGAGACAGAUACUCGCCGACAGAGCAAAACACAAGUGGGGUUCAGUCGUUCCCAUAAAGCAGAUGUGUGAUCUGCAGAUGGGUGAACACUGUAUUAUAGUGGGCACAAUAUUCAAACACAUGGAGCUGCAGCCGUCCAUCCUGAAGGAGAUCAGUGAGGAGCACAAUCUAUUGCCUCAGCCACCUCGUGUCAAAUACAUCAGCCAAUCAGAUGAGCUUAUUUUGGAGGAUGAACUGCAGAGGAUUAAACUGGAGGGCACCAUCGAGACACCAAAGUUUGUAACCGGUAGUGUAAUUGCCAUUAUGGGUGCAGAGAAAAAUGAUGGUAAAUUCACAGUUGAAGACUUCUGCAUGGCUGACUUGCCUCCUCAGACACCCAGACAACCUCCCAGCUCAGACAGGUUUGUGCUCCUUGCCUCCGGCCUGGGUUUGAAUGGCAGCGGGGCAGACAGUAUGAUGGGAUUGCAACUUUUGGUGGACAUGGUAACGGGUCAUCUAGGUGACCAGGGGGAGCAGAGUGUAGCAGCGUCCAUUUCCAGAGUCAUAUUAGCUGGAAACCUGUUGAGUCAAAGCACCCAGGACAAAGACUCGACAACCAAGGCUAAGUACCUGACUAAAAAGACUCAGGCAGGAAGUGUGGAGGCUAUUAGGCUGCUGGAUGAGCUUUUAGUGCAGCUUGUGGCUUCUGUACCUGUGGAUGUCAUGCCUGGUCAGUAUGACCCAACAAACUACAUCCUUCCCCAACAGCCUCUGCACCGCUGCAUGUUCCCUCUUUCUGUGCCCUAUCCCACCCUACAGCUGGUCAGCAACCCCUACCAAGCCAUCGUGGAUGGCGUCCAGUUCUUGGGCACAGCAGGGCAGAAUGUCAGUGAUAUUGUGAAGUACAGUAGUGUGGACGAUCACCUGGAGAUCCUAGAAUGCACUCUGAGGCUCCGCCACCUCGCCCCCACCGCUCCGGACACACUGGGUUGUUACCCAUUCUAUCAGAAAGAUCCUUUUAUUCUGGAAGAGUGCCCUCAUGUGUACUUCAGCGGAAAUGCUCCAAGCUACCAAUCCAAACGUAUCACAGGACCUGAAGGCCAAGAUGUUCUCCUGGUUGCCGUCCCAGAGUUCAGCACCACACAGACGGCUUGUCUUGUAAACCUGCGCACACUGGAGUGUGAGCCAGUCUGCUUCUCCUCAUUUUCCACAGAGGAUGAUGAAGACCAUGAGAUGAACAUCAGCCAUUAAAAACUCACUUAUCAAAAUGACACUUGUUACUGUAAACCUUUCUUUAACAAAGACUGGUUGCUUAUAUGUGAGAGUUCCGUUAAUAAAGUAGCC